CCCCCGAAGCACAGUGCGUGAACUUAACCCCUCGGCCGCCGGGCCAGCCCCACAGGUAGUGUUUUUAGUAACUGUAUUGUUGCAGCGUAACAAGCACUGCCGGCUUUCCGUCUUUCAAUAUUGUAUCAGUACCGCUCCCGCCUGUUGGCCAAGCCAGUGCCACACAUUUUAGGGCUUUUAUACACAGCAGCUUCCCAUUCCUGGUAUCAAUUUCUGUAUUCAAGUGUUACUAAGCUGCUGUUAAAAGGAACUCCAGUGGUCUUAAAAUGAUAGAAAUUAAUUUUCCUCUCACGUAAUACAAUUCUGAUCUGAGCAUUUCAGGCCUCGCUCCCGUGGGGGGAGGGUCUGAUGGGUAGCCAGGAGACUCCACAAUGGCCCUUCCCCCCCCACCCUUCUCUUCCCCCCAUUCCCCUGUCAGUCAAUGACACCACCAUGGGACACUUGCUCAGGCCAAACAUACGGACGUCAGCCUGAUUCCUCCCCGUCCGCCCGCAGCAAGGCCGCUCAGCUCUGUCUUCAGGCAAGUCCCACACCUGCCCAUUUCCCUGCCUCUCCGCUGUCUUCACCCACAUCCAAGUCUUGGGUGUCUGUAUCUGGGGUCAUGUGACCAUCUUCUAAGGGGGCUCCGCGCUUUGUCCCUGGUCCCUUUCCAGUAACUCUGCACAUGGCAGCCCCAGGGACCUUUUAAAAACAUAGAUUGACUCCUGUAGCCCCCUGCUGCAAACCCUCCACUGCCUGACCAUCACCCUCAGGAUUAAAUGCUCGCUCCCUAACAGGGCCAAGGUCAGGCCUUCCAUGACUCCUCACUCCUCGUGCCUCACCCUCUCUUCCUGAGCCACAUGGGCUUCCUUGCUGUUCCUUGAAUAUGCAAAACUUUUCCUGCCUUAGUGCCUUAGCACUCACAUUCGCCGCCGGAAACACUGUCCUCCCACUUGGUCACACACCCGUUCCUUCUGUGUCCUCCACAGGGCAAACAGCUUCAGUGUCACAGAUAAGAGUGACAGCUUAGGAGCUAUGUCUCCUGGAUUUGAAUCUCAGCUCUGCUGCUUACUAGCUGUGUGACCUUGGGCAGGUUGCUUAGCUUCUCUGUGCCUUGGUUUUCCUAUCUGUAAAUGGCGAUAAUAAAAGUACAUGUUACUCAGGGUUGUUGAGAGGAUUAAAUAUGAUAAUUAACACAUUAAAUGAAAUAAAAAUAGAGCAUGGCACAUGUCCCUCAGGGGUCACUUUAAACAUCACCCACUCUGAGAAGCUGUUCCUGGCCACCCCCUCUGCACAUCCUCCCCGGGGACCUGCAUCCCUGGGCCCCCUCCCCCAGUACCUGCUCUUGCUCCGGGGCUUGCUGCCUGUCCCUCCCACGAGAACGUGACUUCCCCGAGAGCAGGGGCUUUCCCGUGGCGCUGCACAGUAGGUUCUCAAGAAACCCUUGUUGACUGGCUGUGCAAGGAAUGGGCUCCCCAGAUUCGCUCCUUCCCAGUGGCCCUGUGAGCCUUGCCGGGCGCCCCAGGGUGUGCGUGUGCGUGUGUGUGCGUGUGCGUGCUGCUCUGCCUCCUCAGGCCACCUGGUCAGGUGCUCGCCGUUCCCUCCUGGGAGUUAGGCACCAGGGGCCCUGCUUUCAGAAGCCGGGGGCCCGGGAGGGUCUCAGCCCUUAGCGGGGGCUCUAACGACAGGGACUCCGCCUCCCACCCCGCCUGGCUCCAGCAGUCCCUAGUGGACCCGGUGGUACCCUCUCUGUGCCUCCGUUUCCUCGUAUGUACCCUGGGAGAAGACCACGACCUCACCGGCUGCUGUGAAGAUCAGGUAGUUAAGGCGUACGAGACGGAGUAAAGCUCUCCAGAUGGUAGUUAUUAUUAUUGUUGUUGUUGUUAGUGCCAUAUUCAAGUGUCAAUCUUCUGAGCGUGCUUAGAGGUGCCCGAGGGACUUGGCAGGGUGGGGGGUGGGGAGGUGAGGAGACAGAGAGAGGACGUCGAGGGGAGGGAGGAACUGGGAUGGAGUAAUCGGUGUGGUCUGCAUUCCUCCGUGCCUCUAUGGGCGCGCGUGUGUGUGUUUCUGUAUCGGGGGGAGGAGGGGACAGGGGGCAGCAAGGAUUCAAAGAAGAAACCGAGCCCUUCCUGGGAACUCAGACCUGGGUUCGGGGUUCUGAGGGCCGGGAGCUGCCGCCAACACGCGCCCCCGAGCAGACCCCGCGGCGGAAGAACCAGCGCCCCGAGUGUGAUGAGGCGGCGGGGAGGGGGCCCUGCGCCCCGCGGCCACCGCGGUGGGUACGAACCUGGGGAUCCCAGGACGGACAGUGAGAGCCCUGCUCCCCGGCCGCCCCUGCCGCGCCGCGCGCUCCGGGGCCUCGGAUGCUCCCGGAACCCCCGCGGGCGGGGCCUGCCUUCCGGAGCCGGGCGGGCGGGCGGCGCUGGGAAAGGGCUGUCACUUUCCCAGAGCGGCGGGGCGACGUCAGGCGGAAGGGCGCGGGGCGCGCACGCUUUAAAUGGCAUUCGCUGUCAUCCGAGCUCGCAGGCGUGUGGGCAGCAGCGGGCUAUAUAAGCGGCGGGCCGGGCCGCCGCGAGCAGACGGCGAUAGCGGCGGCGGCGGCGAGCGCCUCGGAGCGCAGCGGAGCAGCGCCCCCCGUCCCCGCGCCCCCCGACGGGCCCCCCCGCCCGCCCUCCCGAGGAGCGCCGACCCGGGCCCGCGAGGGCCGCCGCCACCCCGCAGCAGAUUUGGAUCCCCCGCCCGGCGAGCCCCAGGCUGCUGCCUCCCGGGGGGCCCCGGCGCAGCGGCCGCCCCCGGAGAGCCCCGGCACCCCGCCGCCCGGCCCCGAAGCCGCCGGCAGCGCCAUGGCGGCCGCCAAGCCCGGCGAGCUGAUGGGCAUCUGCUCCAGCUACCAAGCGGUGAUGCCGCACUUCGUGUGCCUGGCCGACGAGUUCCCGCAGCCCGUGCGGCCCGCCAAGCUGUCCAAGGGCAAGGGCCGGCUGCGGCGGCCGCGCCAGUCCCGCUUCAAGACGCAGCCGGUGACCUUCGACGAGAUCCAGGAGGUGGAGGAGGAGGGGGUGUCCCCGAUGGAGGAGGAGAAGGCCAAGAAGUCGUUCCUGCAGAGCCUGGAGUGCCUGCGCCGCAGCACGCAGAGCCUGUCGCUGCAGAGGGAGCAGCUCAGCAGCUGCAAACUGAGGAACAGCCUGGACUCCAGCGACUCCGACUCGGCCCUGUGAGGGGCGCCGCCCGCAGCGGGCACUCGCGGCCCGCCCGGGGAGCAGCGCGCGAACCCCGGGAUGGCCCGCACUCCGGGGAGCCCCGAGGACCGGGGCCCGCCGCCCCUCGCGCGCUUGGACUCUCGCCCGCCGGCGAACUGCUCGGUGCGCCCCGCGCCGCGCUUGCCCUGGGCCGGCGGGAGCGCGCGCACGGGGCGCCGGGGAGGGGCCGCUUUCUUCGCCCUUGUAAAGGUUUAUUUUUUAACUCUGCCCAGUACGAACUCUGCUGCGAGCGUGUGCGGGGAGGCCCGCCCGCGCCCAGGCGGCCCGGGGUCGCCAGGGCUUCCUGGAGAGCCCCUCCACGCCCGCCCUUGUCCGAUGGUUUGCAACUCCGAUUUUGCACACCGCUCCACCGUGCCCCCCAGCGCACACCCGUUCUCACUCACGCCAACACACUCUCGCUGAACACUUUUCGAAUCGUUAGGCGCGGCUGAUGGACUCGGGGCGCGGCGCGGCUGCCGCUGCGCCGGAGGGUUGAUAUUUAUUUUUGCAUUGCGAUGGCUGACGGCCUUUAUUUAAUGAUCUUUUUACUUGGAUAUGUCUGUGAGGCUCCGGAACGGAGACAAAUAAAGUCAAUAUAUUUGCACAGUGCA